UAUCGGAAAUAUACCCGAAUGGGAACAUUGGAAUUGAAUUUAAAAAGGCCUGCGAAGCGACAAAUGGAUUUCAGAUGUCAAUUGGAACGUGGAAAUGGAAAUUCUUCAAUUAUAAAACCACGAUCAAAACUACCAACAUACUACGAUGUGUCUGUACUAUACAUACGAAGAAAGAAAAAUGAACAGCGGAUCAUUUUGUAUUCGAAACUGAAGUCCGUUCGUAACCUAUCAUUUUUCAAAACCGGCACAAAAUGGUUUGCAAGCGAUUGAUAGUAGAAGAUCGAAGAAUAAAGAAACCCUUUUUGGGUGGAUGGCGGCACAAACUUACCAGCGUGAAAUAUUUAAACGCUGAGUCUCAAACAGGACCAUGGAAGAUGCCAUCGAAGAACACGUGUAGCAAAAUGGUACAAUAUAUCUGCACGACGGACGUAGUUACACAAACACCGUGCCAUCAUCCCACGCAAAUGUGGCGGCCGGAUUGUUUCAUAUCGAAUGAAUCGGACAAGUACUUAACGUCGAAACCCUAUGAAACGUACGAAGAGAUGAUGCGUAGAUUGGACUAUGACGGGAAAGCUCGAAUCAUUCAAAGAAACUACAGGAUAUACAAGUUGUUAAAGUACGUGAAAGAGUACGCGAGACAGUACCGAGAACUGGUCGAGAAUUGUGAAAAGUACGAAGAAGAAAAGAUGGCAAUUUAUAAGAAACGACAUCAGCUAGAAAUUCAUCGGCGAAUGAAUCCCAAAUCCCGGCUUGAUUUCGAUAUGUUGUACCAUUUGGUGGAGCAAUGGCGGCGCGAUCGUCUCGAUUGCGCGAAACGACGUUUCUUCAGGGCGGCCAGAUGCGCGGAGAAUUAUUUGAUCCUGGAAAAAACUGUGGAGAUGUUGAAUGUGAUUGAUCGGAAGAGGCUGGCUGUGAAAACUCGUUACAGGAAUCAGAAACGCGUGAAUUUUUUGACGGUUAAUUGCAAGCCCGUUGCGUGGCACGAUAGCAAGAAGAAACUGGUGGAAAUGACUACAAUGAGGAAUCAGAAGGCGCGGGAGCUAAUGAUCAUUUACGAUUCACUGACGAAUUACGACGUCACCCGAGGUGAACGCAUGGGAAUGCUAACGAUGCUGAAGAAGUCAUUGGAGGUGCACAACUGCGUCGCCGCGUUUCAUUUGAUUCGGCUGUUGGACGAAGAGUUGAGUUACCUGGCGAGAAAUAUGGCGAAGGACAUGUCACUGGACUAUUUUAGGGAAAGAAUAGCUUAUAGCUACUUGUACUUUGUACGGUCGUCGCACUCGUGCUGUUGCCAGAACGACGACGAACAUUUUUGUAAGAACGCAGACGACGAGAAGCUGCGAGAGCACAUCGAGGAUAGGACUAGAAUCUGCCAUAGUUGCUCGAAACUGCUCCCGUAUAGCAAGUUCACGGUCCAUGGAAGAAUGACAAGGCUGUCGACUUGCAUCGCUUGUACCUCGUUGCGUGAGCGUAAUAUCAGGCACGUGAAUUAUGAUCCUUACGUCUACCUUUUGGAUUGCGUGCGCUCCGACGAGAGAUCAAGAGAUAACGCAUCAGCAGUCGCGUUCAUGAUGCAAAAGCACGAUAUGUACCAUCUGGUAAACAAUAUUUGGCAUGGCUACUCGGUCGUCAGCGAGAACAGGGAUCUGUUCGUCUUGAAAAUGAUACGUUACGAUAUGGACAAGGAAUGGUCACCGUGGAAUUGCAUUCUUUUGACAUCUGAGGAAGCCGAGGUCCAUUACAAGAUCAAGGAUCCCACGACUGUGUACUCAAAACCGUUGAUCGAGCAAAUUUUAUUGACCCACGAGUUGGCGAAAAAUCAAUUCAAGCACUUGAGACACUUCGAGAACAAGUUCCGAGAAACGUUUCGCAAUAUUGAAGAUAAAUUGGUGUACGAAUCGGCGAUUAAAGUGGACGAAUAUAAUUUCACGUAAUCGAUUUCUCAAAAACCAUUUAGGUGUUGUCUUCCGUUCGUGUGACGCCACUACCAAAAAAUUUCAUGAUUUACAAUUUUUAUAUUGGCAGAAAUGUUUCGUUUAAUUCUGUAUUUACUUUUACUUAACUGCGAAAUUGUAUAAUGUAAAGGAAUGAUUGUUGGACGAGGAAAAACGGGGUUAAAUAAAAAGGGCACGUAAAAUGAAGUUUCAUUGUCGGGGUGAAAAUAAAUUGAUAUAGAUUUGUUGAACAAAUUAAUUUUUAUCUGUUUCGUACUUUGAUAUUUUACAUAUCUAUGACUCUUCGAUUUAAUUGAUCACCGUACUAAGAGUCACUGUUAAAAUAAAUAAUGAUAGCUAGGCUCGAUGACCGAAUUCCAGAGGGCUAUCUUCCUAAUGGUAGGGGCAUAAAUUUUAGCUAAAGAAUGGACAGGUAUAUUCUAAAUCGGUUCCUUUGGCUCACGACUAUUAGAGAAAUGGGGUACCAGUUUCAGGAGCGCGAAUACAUUUUUCAUUAUAAUCCACUGUUAGUCUCUACUAACAUUAGACCAUUGACUAUUGGUGACCACGACUGACUACGGCUGACCACUCCUGUUACUUCUAACAACGUAUAACGAUUACGACUGACUAUUGCUAGCCUCUCCCAGCCUCUGCUGGCCUCU